CUCAAAGCUAACAAAGAGAUCGAAGACCUGAAGAUCAAAGUCGUUGACCUGGUUGGAGUGAAGAAGCCCGCCCUGAAGAAGGUGCGUAUGUCUGCUGACACCAUGCUGAAGGCCCUGCUGGGCUCCAAACACACAGUGACCAUGGAUCUGAGAGCCAACCUGAAGCAGGUCAAGAAGGAGACCAAAGAGGAGCCGACAGAAGCUGUGGGUGACUGGCGUAAGAACAUUGAGGACAAAGCUGACAGGAAGAAGAUGUUCGAGUCCUCCUAACUGCACUGCUGCUGUCCGUUUCUUUGUUUCCGUUAUCUCCGCUGCUGGCUGAAGGAGUUGAUUGUUGUAGGUUUUAGUGCUGAAGGACUUGGGCAUGGAAUGUGUCUAUGAGGUUUUUUGCACUUUGUUGGGGUCUGGAGGGAGGAGGAGAAGGUGUGGAGAGUUUCUGAAGGUUCACACACAAACAUAAUGUCUUCAACCAGAUACAGCCACCGGAACAUUCAAACCAAAUAAAAAAUGUCAAUUAACACAAUAAAAUCAGAUCUGGGAGAAAACACAUGA